CAACUGUUCCCAUCAGAGUGCCCCCUUACAUCAACUGUUCCCAUCAGAGUGCCCCCUUACAUCAACUGUUCCCAUCAGACGUGCCCCCUUAAAUCAACUGUCCCCAUCAGAGUCACCCUUACAUCAACUGUCCCCAUCUGCAUGCCCCCUUACAUCAACUGUCCCCAUCAGCGUGCCCCCUUACAUCAACUGUCCCAAUCAGCGUGCCCCCUUACAUCAACUGUCCCCAUCAGCGUGCUCCCUUACAUCAACUGUCCCCAUCAGCGUGCCCCCUUACAUCAACUGUCCCCAUCAGAAUGCCCCCUUACAUCAACCGUCCCCAUCAGAGUGCCCCCUUACAUCAACUGUCCCCAUCAGAAUGCCCCCUUACAUCAACCGUCCCCAUCAGAGUGGCCCCUUACAUCAACUGUCCCCAUCAGAGUGCCCCCUUACAUCAACCGUCCCCAUCAGAGUGCCCCCUUACAUCAACCGUCCCCAUCAGAGUGCCCCCUUACA